AUGGUUUCUUUUGGGCGUGGCGUUGUAGCAUCGCUGUUCCUCGUUGUUGCAACGGUGCCCUCGGUACUCAGUGCCCCUUUCAAUCAAGCCGAUUUCGCCCAUCCCACCCUUCUUGCCCGCCAAGGCCGCGUCGCCGACAAGGUCGAGCAGCUUUGCAACCACGACCUCAGCGCAGAAAGCCAGGAUGAUGUCUGGUGGAAGACUGGCGUAGGCCUGACGCUCGACCUCUAUGUCAAGCGAGACUACAGCAACUGGGUCCAGAACCUCGACAAGUUUGUGUGGAAAAAGACCCAAUCCGAUGCCUGGGACUGCACCAGUGUUCCCGGGAAAUGCGGUCCGCCAGCCGACUGCCAUGAGUUUCGAGACAUAGCGGACAACGCUGACGAGUACUGGAUUUUCAAGGCCGUGACUGGCGCACAUAAGGUCAUCAACAAGCUGCACGAGGAGCUUCAAAGCCAAAGCGACUUUAGCGGCAGCGUCAAGGACCUCACCGAUGUCUAUGCCAAGGUGGCCGCUGUCUUGAACAUCGGGGCCGGGGCUGCGAGUGUGCUGCCAGGCCCUGGGCCCCUGGUCGGCGGUGCCCUCACGUCCGUUGCCGGCAUCUUUGGCCUGGCGGCAUUGGAUGCACCGGCUGAUCCGAAACCGUCGGCCAACGCCUACCUAGAGACGUACUUCAAACAGGCCCGGACUGCGCUCGAGGACCUGGCUCGCAACCUGUUUGGCACCGGCGACCAGAACAAGCUUCCCAACGUUCAGAAUUCUUACCAGUGGACUACGCCAGUGGCUCAGUUCUUUGGGGGUGGCAGGUUCCUGAUCGAAGACGUCGACAAGUACACCAGUGCAACUGUCAACACGUCGAAGAAACAUCUGCGGCAGGCCAUUGGUAUGUCAGUCCUUGGCUCCCACGGGUGGAAGCUUUUCAUCGAAACGGGUGUCAAGAGCCAGGGAGACUGCACAAAGGCUGGGGGCUCUCGCAUUUGGAAGGGUGGCGUCAAUGACUGCUGGGGGCUUCUCAAGUGGACGUCGGCGCCCCUCGGCGAUCUCUUCAGCAACAAGAAAAAGAUUCAGGUUGAGCAUCUGCCCGGCAACAUUGUGGAACAGAUGAUGAAAUAUGAGAUGGACCUUCCUCCAAUCUACGACAAUGCUAUUUCCUGCAAGCUGGCGCAGGGUGGCAGCGAACGUGCCAUCAAAGUCAAGGAUCUCAGCCCGAAUGGCGGUCGGCUUCCGGAGUGCCUCUUCAACAUUGAUGUCGCCAAAGGGGCAUUUACCACCUUCGAAUACAAGGCCCAAGAUCUCUGGGGCAAGUGGUGA